AUGCACCCGGGCGUAUCCUACCCCCUCGAACGUAUCGUCCCCGGGGCGGGCGUCGAAAUUUCUGGUUUCCACCUACCGGCCGGCACCAUCGUAGGCAUGAACGCCGCCGUGAUUCACCGCGAUCGUAGUAUUUUUGGCGACGAUGCCGAUACCUUUAGGCCCGAGCGCUGGCUCAGCGACGACGUUGAAGCUGUCAAGACGAUGGACCGGCAUAAUAUGAGUUUCGGUGCUGGUGUCCGUACUUGUAUUGGCAAGAACAUUUCAAUCAUGGAAGUUGGAAAGGUAGUGCCUCAGAUAUUAAGGCAGUUUAGUCUCGAAUGGGCAUCAAGCGAGCCGGAGUGGCAGGUGACCACUUAUUGGUUUGCGAAGCAGUCGGGCCUGCUGGUUCGGUUCAGCCCGCGGACGCCGGAGAUCAGAGCUAGCAAGGAAUGA